AUGAAGACAGAUGAAGAAAUUUUACAAAAUGAAAAUAUUAAUUUUAAUGAUAAAAAAAUAAAAGGAGGAUCUUUUAAGACACUUAAUUUACAUAAACAGUUAUUAUAUAACAUCCCUUUUAUUAAUCCCACACCAAUUCAGCGAAAAAUUAUUCCAAUGAUUUUAGAGCAUAAAUCAGUGAUGGGCAUUGGAAGAACAGGAAGUGGAAAAACUUUCUGCUAUCUAAUCCCUGCAAUACAAAAGGCUUUAGAAAAUAAAAAUAUACUUAUUUUAGUACCAACAAGAGAAUUAAUUAAUCAAGUUAAUAGAAAUAUAAAAUAUCUUACUAGAAAUAUAGAACUAGAUGGUAUUAUAGAAGUUAAUACACCUGGUAGAUUUAAUUAUGAAAAUAAAAAUAUCAAAAUUGAUUUAUUAGUGGUUGAUGAGAUAGAUCGAAUAAUUGAAGAAAAAGAUUUAAAACAGGAAUUUAAUAUUAUUAAUGAUAAAUUAGAGUGUCAAAAAGUCUUUUUUAGUGCUACUAAACCAGAUAUUCAUGUAGAUUGUAAAAUUAUAGAAGUAGAUGCAAAGAUUAAUGAUAAUAUUAAUUAUAAUUUUUAUUAUUUACCUAGUAUUUCUAAGGAGAGUGUAUUACUUAACACACUACACUCACUAAAAAUAAGUAAUAAUAAAGGAAAUAAGGUUAUUAUCUUUGUUAGUACAAAAUACACUGUAGAUUAUUUACUAGAAAUACUAAAAGAUUAUAAUUAUUUAUGUAGGGGCAUUUACAGUAGCAUGGAUAACCAAGCAAGGAUAGGAAAUUUUAAAGAUUUUUCUAAGGGUUUAUUUAAUAUUCUUAUAGUCACAGAUGUAGCAGCCCGUGGAUUAGAUAUUCCUCUUUUAGAUGUUGUAAUAAAUUAUGAUUUAUCAGAUGAGAGAACUUUUUUACACAGAGUUGGACGUAUAAGAGGAGCAGGUGUAUGUUAUUCAUUUGUUACAUAUAAUGAUAUAUUCCAUUUCUUUAAUAUUCAAGAAACACAUCUUAAAGAUAUAGAAAUAGGACUAGUACCGAAUGAUAUCUUAGAUGAAUAUGAUUUAUCAAAAUAUCUUCCUCUUAAAGCUAAGACAGAGAAAGGAUAUGAAAAGUGCCUUAAAUUUAGAAGUAAGGUAAGUGUACCAGAAGAAUAUAAAGAUAAAAUAAGUACUUUUACAGUACAUAAAAAUUUUAAAAUUAAAGAAUCUUUGUGUAUGAAGUUACAAAAACAUUUUAACAAAAUAAAGAAAGAAGAGAAUAUUACAGUAAAAGAUAUAGAUGUUAUUAAUAAAUAUAAGGAUCAGUUUUAUAUUCCAUAUAAUAGAAAAGAUACUAAAAUACAUAGUAGUGCCUUUGGAGUAAUGAAAGAUGACUACAUUUUGGAAAAGAAAGAGAAAUUUAAAUAUAAACGUGCGAAGAUGCACGCAAAAAAGUAA